AUUGGGAAACACCUCACUCUGUCACUCUAUAAAUGUCUGAGGUGGCCCCAAGGGAGGACUUGUGCGGCACCACUGUCUCCCCAGGACGUGAAGUUCCCACCACCCCACCAUGAGGUUUCUAGCCCUCUCCAGAUGGCUCUGCAUCUUGCUCCUCUGCUUCUCCAUCUUCUCCGUGGAAGGGAGAAGGCAUUCUAGGCAUCUUGCCAAGCCCCGGAAAGGCAAGCUUUGCUGUUCCCGAGUUCCUAGUCCUGUCCCGACGGCCCAGAAAGGGCGCCACGUGAGGAUCUGCAGACAGUGCAAAGUCAAGCCAGGGUCCCGCACUUGGGUAGUACCUGGGGCUCUCCCGCAAGUGUAAUGCUGCCCAAAUAAGUCGGCACACAGGUUGAGACCCUCAUGCCCAGUGCCUGAGGCACCCAGAAGUCUCAGGUUCUCUCAGGAUGCUCCUCUUGAAACUGGGGCUGAGGGCAGAGAUGCCAAGAGCUUUGGCCCAUGGAAGCUUCUGCCCAUGAACCAUAAGCCUCUUCUCUUAAAGACACAACAUUUCUUCCCUGCUAUGUUGGAAUGUGCUCACGCUGCCUUUUAGAAAAGCCUGAACCAGAAUUUUCUGAAAACCACAACCUGGAUACAAAGGUCAAAACGCUGGAAUGCCUGUCUUGCUGUGUGGCCUUGGACAAGUAACUUAGCCUCUCUAGGUGCAUGUUGGCUUCAGAGAUGUAAAGUUCAGAGACCGAAAAACCCUCUAAGGAAGACCAUCAGUCACUGGCACCAAUGGGUUUCACUAUGCUUUUCAACCUUCCCGGCAGUGAGCUGGGAUGUUGUGGGGCUUCACCUUGGUCAGCAAGGGCCCUGAGAAAGUUCCGGAAUUCUAGAUGCUAGUCCCACUCAUGCCCCCCACUUUCCGAGUUAUUCAGGCUCAGCCCACCUGGUCUCAGUCCCCUCCUGGCCUCUACAGUGUUGACAGUCAAGAUUCCACUGUGACUUUUGACAGCUACAAACUCAGACAAUUCUGAUCCUGCUAGGGAGCAGGUAACAGGUCCCCAAGAGCAGUGACCAAGACUGCAUCCUGAGGUACACACAGCCCUUAACCGUCCCACAUCCGAUGGCCUCUGAAGGAACCCCUUCCUAACUUCCUAAUGUGAAUCUGCUGGAAAGAACACUGAAACAAAACAAACAAAAAACCCCAAAUAAUAAAUAAAUAAAUAAAUAAAUAAAUAAAUAAAUAAAUACACAAAAUGCACAUGCAACA